AGGUCCCCAGCCCCUCCCGCCGGGUUGCACCCUCGACCCCGCCCGCGGGGUAUGCGUCCACCGGAAGUUCCGCGCACGGGCCUCCUCUCACUUCCGCUCGGCAGGUGACAGCCGUGGGGCUUGGGGUGGCCGGCUGCUGCGACGCACCCGAGGAGCGGGAGGCGGAGGCUGCGGACAUUUUGCUGCUGAAGCGAGCCGAGCCGCGGCACCCGGAGCCGUUUGGAUUUGUGGAGUCUGGCCACAGAUAAAGGACCAAAAUGACUGACUCAAAAUACUUCACCACAACCAAGAAAGGGGAGAUCUUCGAGCUGAAGGCAGAGCUUAACAGUGACAAGAAGGAGAAGAAGAAGGAGGCAGUAAAGAAAGUGAUUGCAUCAAUGACUGUGGGCAAAGAUGUCAGUGCUCUCUUCCCUGAUGUGGUGAACUGCAUGCAGACAGACAACCUGGAGCUAAAGAAGCUGGUGUACCUGUACUUGAUGAACUAUGCCAAGAGUCAGCCUGAUAUGGCCAUUAUGGCUGUCAACACCUUUGUGAAGGACUGUGAGGACCCCAAUCCCCUCAUCCGGGCUCUGGCUGUGAGGACUAUGGGCUGCAUCCGAGUUGACAAGAUCACAGAGUACUUGUGUGAACCACUCCGGAAGUGCCUGAAGGAUGAAGACCCAUAUGUGCGCAAGACAGCAGCUGUGUGUGUGGCCAAGCUCCAUGACAUCAAUGCCCAGCUGGUGGAAGACCAGGGCUUCCUGGACACGCUUAAAGACCUCAUCUCAGACUCUAACCCCAUGGUGGUAGCAAAUGCAGUGGCCGCCCUGUCAGAGAUCGCUGAGUCUCACCCCAGUAGCAACCUGCUUGACUUGAACCCACAGUCUAUCAACAAGCUGCUGACAGCCCUUAAUGAGUGCACUGAAUGGGGCCAGAUCUUCAUCCUGGACUGUCUGGCCAACUACAUGCCCAAGGAUGACCGUGAGGCCCAGAGCAUCUGUGAGCGCGUCACUCCGAGACUUUCCCACGCCAACUCUGCUGUGGUGCUGUCUGCGGUGAAGGUGCUGAUGAAGUUCAUGGAGAUGCUGUCCAAGGACCUGGACUACUAUGCCACACUGCUCAAGAAGCUGGCCCCUCCCCUGGUCACACUGCUGUCAGCAGAGCCGGAGCUUCAGUAUGUGGCUCUGCGCAACAUCAAUCUCAUUGUACAGAAAAGGCCAGAGAUCUUGAAGCAUGAAAUGAAGGUUUUCUUUGUGAAGUACAAUGACCCCAUCUACGUGAAGCUGGAGAAACUGGACAUUAUGAUCCGCCUGGCUUCCCAGGCCAACAUUGCCCAGGUAUUGGCGGAACUCAAAGAAUAUGCUACAGAAGUAGACGUGGAUUUCGUACGGAAGGCAGUGCGUGCCAUUGGCCGCUGUGCCAUCAAGGUGGAGCAAUCUGCAGAGCGCUGUGUGAGCACAUUGCUUGAUCUCAUCCAGACCAAGGUCAACUAUGUGGUUCAGGAAGCCAUUGUGGUCAUUAAGGACAUCUUCCGCAAGUACCCCAACAAGUAUGAGAGUGUGAUAGCCACACUGUGUGAGAAUCUGGACUCGCUGGAUGAGCCUGAGGCCCGAGCCGCUAUGAUCUGGAUAGUGGGCGAGUAUGCCGAGCGGAUUGACAAUGCAGACGAGCUGCUCGAGAGCUUCCUGGAAGGUUUCCAUGAUGAGAGCACCCAGGUCCAGCUACAGCUACUGACAGCCAUUGUGAAGCUCUUCCUGAAGAAGCCAACAGAGACUCAGGAGCUGGUGCAGCAGGUUCUCAGUUUGGCCACUCAGGACUCAGACAAUCCAGACCUUCGGGACCGUGGCUACAUCUACUGGCGCCUGCUCUCCACGGACCCUGUAGCUGCUAAAGAGGUGGUACUGGCUGAGAAGCCCCUCAUCUCAGAGGAGACAGACCUUAUUGAGCCUACACUGCUGGAUGAACUCAUCUGCUACAUUGGCACGCUGGCCUCUGUCUACCACAAGCCUCCCAACGCCUUUGUGGAGGGUGGCCGGGGAGUGGUGCAUAAGAGCCUGCCACCUCGCACUGCCUCGAGUGAGAGCACAGAGAGCCCCGAGACGGCUCCUGCUGGGGCACCUGCUGGUGAUCAGCCUGAUGUCAUUCCUGCCCAGGGUGACCUGUUAGGUGACCUCCUCAACCUGGACCUUGGGCCCCCAGUGAGUGGCCCACCCUUAGCUGCCUCCUCCGUGCAAAUGGGAGCUGUGGAUCUUCUUGGUGGUGGCCUCGACAGCCUGAUGGGGGAUGAGCCUGAAGGGAUUGGAGAUAGCAACUUUGGGGCACCUUCAGCAUCAGUGGCAGCAGCACCAGCACCAGCCAGACUUGGAGCACCCAUCAGCAGUGGCUUAAGUGACCUCUUUGACCUGACCAGUGGUGUGGGCACCCUUUCAGGAUCCUAUGUAGCUCCCAAAGCAGUCUGGCUCCCUGCCAUGAAGGCCAAGGGACUGGAGAUCUCUGGCACCUUCACCCGGCAGGUUGGCUCCAUCUCCAUGGACCUGCAGCUGACUAACAAGGCCCUGCAGGUCAUGACAGAUUUUGCUAUCCAGUUCAAUCGUAACAGCUUUGGCUUGGCCCCUGCCGCACCUCUCCAAGUGCACGCACCACUCAGCCCCAACCAGACCGUGGAGAUCUCCCUGCCUCUUAACACAGUGGGCUCAGUCAUGAAGAUGGAGCCUCUAAACAAUCUUCAGGUGGCUGUGAAGAACAACAUUGACGUCUUCUACUUCAGCACUUUGUACCCACUGCAUGUCCUCUUCGUGGAGGAUGGGAAGAUGGACCGGCAGAUGUUCCUGGCCACGUGGAAGGACAUUGCCAAUGAGAACGAAGCCCAGUUCCAGAUCAGAGACUGCCCACUUAACACAGAGGCUGCGAGCAACAAGCUACAGAGCAGUAACAUUUUCACUGUCGCCAAGAGGAAUGUGGAGGGCCAGGAUAUGCUCUACCAAUCUCUGAAGUUGACCAAUGGCAUCUGGGUGCUGGCGGAGCUGCGGAUCCAGCCAGGCAACCCCAGCUUCACGGACUUGGAGCUGUCCCUCAAGUGUCGAGCACCGGAGGUGUCCCAGCAUGUACACCAGGCCUACGAGACUAUCCUCAAGAACUGAAGCCCUGUCGCAUCCACCCUAGCCUUCUGCCAGCCCAGUCAUGGAACCCUGUGAGUGGCAGUACCUCCUCCUUUCUUUGAGGAAAGGCCAGGUGGGCUCCUGAACCACCCAGGAGGCUCCCCUGAUCCUAACUGAGGGCCUGGAGCAGGGCCAUGUCUCCUCCCAGAGUGAAAUCUCAGUGCAUCUCCAGUGGCUGCUUUUUUCUAUUGCUGUUGAUGUGGGAUCAAAGGAAAUGGAGCCAGCACAGCAUCAGAAGCUGGACAGAGGGCCACAGGGUGCUCUUCCUUGUCUUCUCCCGGGCGUGAACAUGGACCCCCCCCCCCGCACCCCCCACCUGGGGUCCUAGCCCAUAAUCCCUGCCCUGUCUCCUCAGUGAGCCUGUCCUGGGUAGAGUCCUCUGGGUGCCAAUAUUACUGCUUGGGACUCCAAGGGCUGGAGGUGGUGAUGGGCAGACGUGAGCCCAGAGGAGCAGCCUGGGCCAACACUAUCCGCCCCAUGUAACCCCAGUCAGUGCUCUGUGGCCACCUGCAGGUCCCAGAGCCCAGCUAGGAUUAUGUUCCCUGUGCCCUGGAAGAUGGUCACUGCCUACAAAACAUUCCUGGUGUCCACUCUGUGAGUCCAGGGCUCUUAGAACAGAAAUAGGGUGAAAGGUGGAGCAAGGGGCAGUGGACACGCUUCCAGUGUAAGGUCCUGUGGGUUCUCCAGCAUCCGCUGGCUCCCAGUCUGUGUGUGUGACAGUUGUCCUGUCGCUGCUGUUUGAUAAUAAAGAGAUUCUGCUUUUGGCAGUCAUGCACAUUUCUUUCUCUCUACAAACUGCUUCUGGUAGCUGGGGAUAGCUGAUCCUGCAGUAACUAUAUCUAAUACAUAUAUGAAAUAUUGUAUAUUUACCCUUUUUUCACAAAGAAAAAGUGAAUAAAAACGAUGACAUCGUGUGUUCCUGGCCAGUGUGUCAGGUGGUAAGGCUCUUCUGGGCAGGGGACCUGCACUGAAGCCAUA